AUGAGCACUUCCAGCCCGCAGACCCUGCCGCUUCCUGCCCAUACUCCUCCAUCCUCGUCACAUUCAGUUCCUCUGGUGCAAAACAAUGCGCGCACCAACUUCCCCGAUAUGUUAGGCUCACCCCCGGUUCCUCCCCCCAGGACCUCCUCAACAAAUCACACCCGCCGCAGCCCCAACGGUUCAUCAAAAGAUAAGAGUUCGCGACACGAAAGCAGUCGCGCCGAUCGCAAGGAAAACCGCGACCGAAACGGCAAGAGCCGCGCUCGACAGACAGAUUCUCCGGAGGACUCAGCAUUAGACACAGGCAGGUCUAGAGCAGCUUCGGAAGGCGAAGUUGGUUCUGGACACGGAGCUUUGCCGGAGGAGCCAAGCUCAGUAAUCAACUCGGUCAUGGUCAGUGACCCUACGGUAGAUCGCGAGCGAGAGGAAUCACGACAAACGGCUGCGGAUCUGGCAGAUGUUUCAAGACAGGCCCCUGGAUUUGCAAAUGAAAACCCAGAUGAAGUGCAAACCCGCAGACGCAGUCGCCAGGAUCACAGCAACAGCAAACGGAAAGAGACAGCUUUUGGUCAGUACAUUCUCGGCCAAACCCUCGGUGAGGGUGAGUUCGGAAAGGUCAAGCUGGGAUGGAAGAGAGACGGUAGUAUCCAGGUCGCCAUCAAACUCAUUCGUAGAGAAUCUCUGGGAUCGAACCCCAAUCGACUACCGAAAAUCUACCGUGAGAUCAACAUCUUGCGCGAACUCGCUCACCCCAACAUCGUCCGUCUUCAUGAGAUGGUGGAAACCGAGCGCCACAUUGGUAUCAUUAUGGAAUACGCAUCAGGAGGCGAACUUUUCGACUACAUUCUCAAUAACCGCUAUCUUAAGGACAAUUCAGCUCGUCGACUCUUCGCGCAGCUAAUCUCCGGUGUUGGCUAUCUACAUAAGAAGGGAAUUGUGCACCGUGAUCUGAAACUAGAGAACUUGCUACUGGAUCGCAACCGCAACAUCAUCAUCACAGAUUUCGGCUUUGCAAACACUUUCGAUGCCUCGGAUCAAUUAGAAGAGGAGAUCGAAUACAACCUUACUAAUAAGGAGUACGUGCGACGAAAGCGCUUGGACCGAACCGGUCCCGAUGGGCACCGACGGGGUGAUCUAAUGCAAACGAGCUGCGGAAGCCCUUGUUAUGCUGCUCCUGAGCUGGUUGUCAGCGACUCUCUCUACACUGGACGUAAAGUUGAUGUAUGGAGCUGUGGUGUUAUUCUGUACGCCAUGUUGGCCGGUUAUCUUCCAUUCGAUGACGAUCCAGCAAAUCCAGAUGGCGAUAACAUCAACCUUCUCUACAAAUACAUUGUCACAACUCCUCUCACCUUCCCUGAAUACGUUACCCCUCAUGCACGCGAUCUGCUUCGACGGAUACUGGUUCCUGACCCACGGAAACGUGCCGAUUUGUUCGAAGUCGCCCGUCACAGCUGGCUGAGCGAGUACUCUCACAUUGUCUCGCACAUUACCAGCAGCACAACGAAUGUCGUAGACAUUGCCAAAACAGCGGUCCCUGCCGACUCUCCCACUGAUGGACCAGCUCUCACUCGCAGUGCCUCUGUUCGCGAACCUCACAAGACGCACCAACAGCAUCAAAGUGUAUCUACUGUUGGCGGCCUCAGCCACCAUGCUGGAGAUAUAUCUCAGGACUCUCCCAGUGAUAAAUCCACGUCCCGUGACGCUAAGCGCAGAACAGUGCAAGUUGAAUAUGUAGCUCCCCAGUCACAGACAGUCAGAGGUGAGUAUACGCCGGAACCUUCAGGAUCCCGCAGCCGUGCAGCUGAAGCUGAGAAGCCAGUCGAGUCAACAGCCACUCGGCCCAAGCCACCCAUCAACUACGACAAACCCCUUCCCACACACUAUCCUCGGUCCACAUCGGACACUGCACCUAUCACUGGAGCGGCACAUACCUCUGCUCGACCCACAACGGGUGGCUCGAUGGCAUCCUUCAAUGGUGGCCGCCUGCCUUCUCGGGGAUCGUAUGGACAACCAGUGGCUCCCAUGGUCACAGCGACAAACACUGAGGGUCGUUUGGCACAGCCCACGAGUGGACAAUUCUCACUUGCCCAGAACCCCUCACAAAUACAAAGUGGUUCCAUUGGCCGUCCCAGUACCCAGCAAUUGCCUCCGGCAUUCAACCCGACUCCUCGACAUGAACCUCCAGUCAAGAGCCACAAGCGAUCCAGCACUGUCUCUAGUCUUGGCGAGAAGCUCUUUGGACGCUCUGCCAGCACAAUCAUCGGCGGCCGCAGCUCUCAAAAUGCGGCACCCCGCGCUAACCGUCAAAGCAAGCGGUAUCCCCCUGUUAGUAUGAAGGAAGGUGGUCUUCCCCGCGAAGAUUCUCGCAUGUCCAUGGAUUCUAGACGUUCGACUCAACAUAAUCGGAAGGUGAGCGAAGUCGGAGAAGGACGACCUCGUCGAUUCUCCCUCCUCCCGGCAUCCUUCUCCUUGCGAGCAUUCUCGUCUGGUCGAGCUCCGACUCCUGAGGAGACAUCGCAAACGCCACGUACGAUUGAUCCUCGCGGCCAGCACCGCCCAACCACUGGUUCCCUUCCUGGUCGUGUCCGCGCUACUAGCUAUGGAACACAGGACACCAUGGGCAUAGUCGCCGAAAGAACUUCAGAUGAGGCACCUGAGGACUCGGAAACCACCGACCAGCUUAGCUACGAGGCUCAUAUCGAUCAGCAGUUUGCCGAGCUUGGAUCUCAAUUUAAUCAGGUCGAUGAUUCAUUUGGAGCCAUCUCAUCUGAGCAAGUCCAGCCAUCCGAAGACCAAUACGGUGGUAAUAACUACACAUAUGGAUCCAAGCCUAACUACUAUGACGAGUACAAUGGCAUGCCCCGUCAGUCCAUGCAAGCCGGACGGACCACCCGUGGACCGGGUGUGCUCCAAAAGAAUAACCGCAAGUUUGCGGACGCCUACGAGUAUGACCUGCAUCAUUCUGGUAGCUCUGGUGCCGCUCGCAAGGUGAUGGACUUUUUCCGUCGCCGGUCCAAGUCCCGCGCCGGCGAGGGUCAAUAA